AUGCCGAAAAAGGUGGUUGUAUCGAAAAAGAAACCGAUGAAAAUGAAAAAUAUAGCUGAUAAUCUGACUACCAAUGGCAAUGCUGAUGAUGCAAAUGCUUCUAGACGUGCUAAAUCACGUGACGACGAUGCUAGAUACGGGGAAAACAGUAUCGUUAAUGAAAACAAUAGUUGCAAGCCUUUCACUAGUCAAAAGAUGAAGUCAGCCAAAGAGGAUAAUAGCUGCGAGCAAACUUCCUUCUCUAAAAGCAAACAGAAUAAUCACGUGGAGCACAGGGCUGGUAACGCGAUGAGGAAAAAGAGCGCCGGUAGUCCGAACAGUACUAAUGCAACCUCAAAUCGAAACGGUAACAGCAAUAGCAAUAACAGUACGGUAUCGCAGAAGAACGACAAUAAAAAAUUUGCCAAAGAAAUAAAAUCGUUAGUACUAUGGAAAUCGCCAAUGAAAACGCUAAAAUAUGCCGGCCUGGAAAUAUUAUUUCUAAUCAAAACCAACAUGAACAGAUUAUUGCACCAAAGGGCACUACUUAUGGCUAUUUUAGUUUUACUAUGUAGCACCGUAGUCGCCAUUUAUACGCCAGGUCAACAUCAGAAGCUAAUAGAAGCGAUCAAAACCAAAGGAUUCUUUAUAGUGUACUGGCUAGGCUUAGGUGUGCUAUCAUCCGUAGGGCUUGGGACGGGAUUACAUACAUUUCUAUUAUAUUUAGGACCGCACAUUGCCAGUGUCACCUUGGCAGCGUACGAGUGCGGUUCUCUCGACUUCCCGGAGCCACCGUAUCCGAAUGAAAUACUUUGCCCUGAUGAUAAUGGCACAAAGAACCUUAUCAUUCCAUCGCUAUGGUCUAUUAUGACCAAGGUUCGCUAUGAAGCAUUUCUGUGGGGCGCUGGUACCGCACUUGGAGAACUUCCGCCCUACUUUAUGGCUAAAGCUGCUCGCCUUUCGGGCAACAAUACCGAGGAAUUGGAGAAUCUACAAGAGCUGGAAAAGCUACAAAAACGUAAGGAAAAGGGAGAGAAAAUUGGUUUGUUCGACAAAGGUAAACUGAUGAUGGAGGACAUCGUUGAACGUGUAGGAUUCUUCGGUAUUUUGCUAUGCGCUAGUAUUCCUAAUCCAUUGUUUGAUUUGGCCGGUAUCACCUGUGGCCACUUCUUGGUGCCGUUUUGGAAGUUUUUCGGUGCUACUCUCAUCGGCAAAGCAGUGAUAAAGAUGCAUAUACAGAAAAUAUUCGUUAUCAUAUCGUUCAAUGAAAAUCUAGUAGAUAAAUUCAUCGACAUUCUUGCACUCAUUCCAUUGAUAGGUGUACGGUUGCAGAAACCUUUUAAAGGAUUUUUCGAAAGUCAAAAACAACGCCUCCACCGAAAUAAUAACAAACAGUCGGUAAACCCAUCGCAAGGCAAUAUAUUAGCUAGUGUAUUCGAGUACUUUGUGUUUCUCAUGAUUUGUUACUUUAUCAUUUCGAUUAUAAACACAUUUGCUCAAAGUUGUUGUAAACGUAUGAGGAAGCAGCAAAGUAGUAGCAGCAGUAGCAUUUCGAAUGAUGUAGCGUCGAAUAAGAAGGAAUCCUAA